AUGUCGGUGGCAGGACGGUGGCACUCUUACCUCGAGAACCACGUCUCGCUCACGCUGAGAAAAAAUCUGAAACGGCGACGCUGCGCACCCUCUACCUGUGAGAGCGGGCGGGUCGCCGUGUGGAGGGAGCAGGUGGUGCGGGUCAUGGAGGCGGACGCCCAGGAGGCGAAGGCGGAGGCGAACGCUCGGCAGAAGGAGCGCGUCGCUGCCAUCCUCGCGGGCACGGACGCUGCGGGCGCGGGCGCGGGGGUGGAGGAGGCGCUCAAUUGCUGGGAGGAGGGUGCGUACGAAGCGGAGACGCUGGAGACGCUCGCCGAGUUCGGCGAUUGA